AUGACUCACAACAUUUCUUCCUGCAGCCCUAUACUGACACCCCAUUUAACCAGGCUCUACUUCCUAGUGCUCAUUGGAGGGCUGGCAGGCAUCAUCGCCAUUCUGUUCCUGCUGGUGAACAUGAACACCCGAUCUGUAACUACCACAGCGGUUGUUAACCUGGUGGUGGUCCACAGUGUUUUUCUGCUGACAGUGCCUUUUCGCUUGACAUAUCUCAUCAAGCACACCUGGAUGUUUGGGUUGCGCUUCUGCAAAUUUGUGAGUGCCAUGCUACACAUCCACAUGUACCUCACAUUCCUGUUCUACGUGGUGAUCCUGGUCAUUCGGUACCUUAUCUUCUUCAAGCACAAGGACAAAGUGGAGUUUUACAGAAAGCUGCAUGCUGUGGCUGCCAGUGCUGGCAUGUGGCUGCUGGUGAUUGUCAUUGUGGUACCCGUGGUUGCUGCUCAGUAUGGAACGCACCAGGCGUACGACGAGCAGCACUGUUUUAAAUUCCACAAGGAGCUUGAUCGUGUAUACGUGCGAGCUAUCAACUAUAUGAUAGUUACUAUUGUCAUAGCCACGGCGAUGGUUCUCUUGGUCUUCCAGAUCUUCAUCAUUAUGUCAAUGGUGCGGAAGCUACGCCACUCCUUACUAUCCCACCAGGAGUUCUGGGCCCAGCUGAAAAACCUAUUUUUUAUCGGAGUCAUCCUGAUUUGCUUCCUUCCCUACCAUUUCUUUAGGAUCUAUUACUUGUACACGGUGGCACACUCACAUGACUGUAACGACACUGUUGCCUUUUAUAACGAAAUCUUCUUGAGUGUAACAGCAGUUAGCUGCUUUGAUUUGUUGCUCUUUGUUCUCGGAGGAAGCCAUUGUAAGCAAAAGAUAACUGACCUAUGGAAUUGCCUCUUGUGCCGUUAG